UUCCGAUAUUUUUAGAGUUUAAGCACUGUUCAAAAAAAUUAGGUUACUUUCUGCAAAUUAAUACUGAGGUUGUCUACUCGUUUGCCUUACGCUCCAAUAGCAGGUCAGUUGUUUGACCUUCAAGGGCGUAACUACAUACAUUUUGUACUGUAUCUAGACCCAACCUUAGGCGCGGUAGUCGAAAUGAUCAUCUUAGAGCCAUAAUCCGGUUAGUUCAUCCAGUUGUUACUGAAAAUAUAAAAUAUUAACGUACUUCAUCGAAGUUGUAACCAAAACACUUAAGUUACUUCUUUUUUUAAAGCAAAAUUUUUUUUACUUUGCAUAUGUAUCGAACACUAUAAUGUUAUAAAAAAGCUUGAAAGUUCUGAUUCAUCGGUCUUCUCGUAUUUACUUAGGACUUAUAUGGUGAAAAGUACAUUUAUUUUCACAAUACUGGUGUGUUGUACACGCUACUCUGGUUCGGAGUGUAACUUGUAGUUAUGAUUUUGUAUAUGCCAUCUAAAUUUCGGAUUUAACACUAUCUUAAAAUAUUUCUAAACUGAUGCGCUGCAAGUCACACCAAUUACUAGGUUUUAUAUAAACAGGUCUCUCUUAGCCUGGAAAAUAUGCCACCAGUCUUUUAAGAAGAUUCAUGACUUUGAUACUGUAAGCAUUUUAUGCUGCAUUUAUUCCCGAAUUACUUUCAUCUUACAUCCUGCACUCUAUAUUCACACUAUGAUAAAUUUUAUGUUAUUGUUCAGUCGUCAAGGUAAAGUGCGACUUCAAAAAUGGUAUAGCUCUUAUACGGAGAAAGAAAAGAAAAAGUAUUUACGCGAAAUUAUUUCGCUGGUCUUUGCGAGGAAACCAAAAAUGUGCUCGUUUCUAGAAUGGCAAGAUCUUAAGAUUGUGUACAGAAGAUAUGCUAGUCUCUAUUUUGUGUGCGCUAUUGAUCAGACAGAUAAUGAAUUAAUUACAUUGGAGAUUAUUCAUCGUUACGUGGAGAUUCUGGAUAAAUAUUUUGGAAAUGUCUGUGAAUUAGACAUAAUCUUUCACUUUGAAAAAGCUUAUUUUGUUUUGGAUGAAUAUUUACUAGCUGGUGAAGUACAAGAGACAGGAGCAAAAGAAAUUCUUUCUGUGAUUGAUGCACAAGAUAUAAUUCAGGAGGAUGAAGUCCCACAAAAACUUUUCGAAGACCAAAGUCUCAAUUGACAACAGUACUUUAUUCGGGUCGCCAGAUUAUUUAGGUCUUACGUUUACCUCCCACCAUGACAUUGUCAGAUGUUCUUGAAAAUAAAUUUUACUUUUCUACUGCCUUGAUAUUAAUAUUGUCUUUUUUUCUUUGAAAUAUGAAAAUUAUCCUUACUUAUCUACGAUUAACUCCAUACUAAAGAUGUACAAAGAGACGACAAGUAACCAAAUAGAUUCAGUGUUGUGUCGAAAUAACUAUGCAUAUAGCUUCUUUUAUCAUUUCGUAAAGAGCAAGAACAAAAAUUUUGAAAAAGAUAACAUAAGUUCAUCUUAUUCCGUUUCGUUCUCGGGUUAGAAACAAUUAGUUACGUAAUGAACUUCGUUCAUUUUAUUCUUACUUAAAGUUCAUUUGGUCACCGUGAAUGUUAAUUUACGUGCACUUCCAAAACAAGCUACAUUGACGGGACAGGAAAGAGAGCAUAUAUUAGAUUGUGUAGACACGCUCCUAAACCCCUUCGGACAAGAGAAAGAACUACUUUAAGUAACCCAAACACUAAAUAUCUUUUGGACAUGGGACAUCAGGUCGAUACCUUAAAUCUUUCUAGGCGAUUAAUAAGCAACCAAACUCGUCAUUUGAAGUUCGCUAAAGCCAUCUCUUUCAGGCGUCAGGAACCUGACUUAUGUUUCCAAAUAGUGAUCGUUUCUAAUUUUUCUUUGCCUUGGUGACAAAAAUGUUUUUCAUUACGCCAUAAAAGGCUGUCCAAUUUUCUUCCAUUAGUUGCAUCAUUACGCCUGUAUGUUGAAUGUCUUCUAGAUUAUUAACCUUAUUUUACCCAAAUAAUCUUUAUUCAUUUUAUUCCUAUUAUCAGCAUCUGUCUAUUGAGCAAACGCUUGUUUUUGGCCCUUUCGUCUCAAGUUACUAUCAAUCAUGUAAAAUAUUCUGUCACAUAAGUUAUAUAUUUACAAUAUUUUAGUCUGUCAAAUUUACUUACAUCUUUGCUAUAUCGUAUUGAUGUUUGAUCGUAGCAUACCAUUCUGAUAUAACUAUUUUAUGUGUAUCUUUAAGAAACCAGACUAUAUGAGAUACGAAACCGUCUGAUGGAUAGCGAUAAUUUUUUUAUUUUAACCUUGCGAUGGGCCCUGGUUUUAUGUUGCUGUUUAUGUUGUUGUUUACGCACUUUACUAGAUCAUUUAGUGGUAGUCUACUUCUCAUCGCUUUAUCAGUUUCAUACUCAUAUCAUACAUCUAUAACGUGAGGAUAUAAGGUUCGGAAACUAAGAGUUUGCCGUAAAUAGGGUUAAGCAAUGACUUACGCCUGUUAACCCUCACGGAGGAGCAAAGGCCGCUCACCAGC